AUGAACACAAUUGGACCUCCGAGAUCUAGAGCUAAACUCGUUCCAUUUUGGAAAACACUUUUAGUCGCAAUGACAAUGUCAUUCACUUUAACUGCUUUUAUUCUCAGAGAGUUAGAUUUCGGUAAGCAAAUCGUGUGCCCUUACUGUGAUGUUCAAAAUGAAAAGACACAAAUGGAUAUUUCGCAAUUAACAUUCAUAACAUAUGCAAAUCCAGAUCAAUCAAUCAACUCUGAAUUCAAAAAUGCAAUUCAUUCUUGGUUAAAUGUUUCAAAAGAAGCAAAAGUUUUAAUACUUCGAUCAAAUAACAGACUUGAUGCAACUUUUACAUUUCUUUCUUCAUUUCCUAAAGAUAGAGUUCAAUUAGCAUGGACAAGACGAAUUGAUAUGAAACGACAUAUAUACCUUGAUGAUUAUUUCGAAAUAGGAACAAAACUUAUUACAUCUAAAUACGCUGUUUUCAUUCGUCCAUCAGUUUUCAUUCAAUCUCAAUGGUUUUCUGCAGUUCAGAAGGCUAUCCAAGAUGUAAAUACUAGUAAAUAUGUAAUUGUUGGACAAACUUACCUGAAAUCUCUCAAUAAAGUAUAUGAUUAUACAGAUUUCUUCUUAUUCCAGGUUACUGACAUGCCUUUUGAUAUUUACAGUAUUCCUCCAUUUAUAUCGAGCAAAGAAUAUUGGCCUGAAUGGCUUUUAGGUUGGUUCAAUCAUCAAACAACUCUCUUUUCCUUAGAUAAGUCUUAUUUGGUUUCAAGUCGACAAUUAAAUGAUGUUUUUAAUCUAAACAAUGCUAUGACAGCUGUAAACAAAAAUGUUGCAUUUACAAAUGGAAAUUUUUCGGCAAAUAUUCGGGAUGUGGCAUAUAUGGCAACUGAUUCAGGUAUAAUAUCAAUGAAAAAGACUUUGUAA